GCAGACUUCAAAUCUGUAGUCGAUUAACGUCGAAGUGGUUCGAUUCCACCUGAGGGGCGAAAUUUGCUGUAACAAAUCACACCCUAUCUCUUAAAUAUUUUUUCAACUGACAGGAAAACACACACAAAUGGUAUUUUCGAAUAUUCAAAAAUGGUAAUGAAAACUGAUAUUCGUCCAUAUUUUCCGGUAUAAGUAAAACGCUUAUGCAUACCUACCAUAUAUGUAUGUAUAACAGUAUUGUUUCACAGUUUGACAGCCAAUAUAGUUUCUAAACAAGUUGCAUCGAUCAAACAUUUGUGAUUAGCAUUUGAAAGGAAAGAAAAAUAAAUAAACAAUUUCAAAUUAAUAAAAUUUUUUUCGAACCAAAUAAAAAUGUCAACAUCACCCCAAAUAGAUAAAAUAACACCAGAAGAGUUAAUGAAACUGCGUACAGAAUGCAUGGAGCGUUUACGAGAGGCCAAACUCUAUGAAUUGCGAAACGAUGCCAAGCUGCGGGCAGUGAAUACAACUCAAACCUAUGAUGAAUUCAAGGACAUCGUGGAUGCGGCUCAUUUACUACCGAUUAGUAAACAGGACAAAAUGAACGCGAAGACGAAGAGUCGUUUGUGGAAUUCAGCUGCACGGGAAAACUAAUAUAUAAUGUCAUAGCAUACAGAUGUAGAACAUUUGAAGUAAGGUCCGAGAAGAAAAUAAAUUCAACAUUUCUACGACAAUUACAAAAAAAUAGAAUUUGAUUUAAAAUUUUUAGAAUUGCUGCUUAAACUUCUAGAUGCUGGAUGUUAUAGUGGUCCGAUAUACAUAUGUAAAUAAUUUGUUCGAGGAUUGUACCGUUACCUUGGACAAUAAACAAUAAUAAAAUAGCAAAUCUUAGUUUACCGUCUAGUUAAAAAUA